AAAGGGGCGCAUUCAUUCAUUCUCCCCCGCUCGGGCUGAGCUCUUCCGAGGCGCGCACACGGCAGCCUUCCGAUCGUCUGAGCCUGUCCCGCCGCUGCUCCCUCCCGGAGAAGCAGGUUUCCCGCGCCGGGACAGAAAACGUCUGAAAGCGAAUUGAGGAGGGGGAAAAAAAAACGAAGAAAGAGGAGAAAGGGAAAGGAGAGAGGAAAGGAGGAAGGCAAAGAAAAGAAAGAAAAGGGGAAAGAGAAGAAAAGAGGGGAAGAGGAGAAGGCAAAGCAAAGGCAGAAGGGAAGGGAAGAAAAAGGGGAGAGAAGCAGGGAAGGAAAAGGAACAGAAAAGGAAGCCAGGAAAGGCAAGGAAAACUUUCAAGCACGGAGAUCCAGUGGAUUAUUCGGAGCCGAUCCCCGGGGCUUGCCAAUGGCCAAAGGAGAAGGAGCUGAGAGCGUCUCUUCGGCUGGUCUCUUGCAACCGAGCAUCUUAAAACCGGAGGAGCUGGCCCGAUCCAAAAGAGAAAGCAAAACAAAGUUAUCAAUAUGCAGCAAAGUGUGUUAUGCCAUUGGUGGAGCACCCUAUCAGAUCACUGGUUGUGCUUUGGGAUUCUUUCUCCAGAUUUACUUGCUGGACGUGGUGCAGAUGGACCCGUUCUAUGCAUCCAUCAUCCUUUUUGUGGGACGUGCGUGGGAUGCCAUCACUGACCCCCUGGUGGGUUUCUUCAUCAGUAAAAGCUCCUGGACUUGCUUUGGACGCCUGAUGCCCUGGAUUGUCUUUUCCACUCCCUUUGGUGUGAUCUCCUACUUCAUGAUAUGGUUGGUGCCCGACAUCUCUCAGGGACAAGUCAUGUGGUACCUUUUCUUCUACUGCAUUUUUCAGACCCUUGUGACGUGCUUCCAUGUUCCUUAUUCGGCCCUCACCAUGUUCAUCAGCAGAGAGCAGAGUGAAAGGGAUUCUGCCACAGCCUACCGCAUGACAGUAGAAGUGCUUGGCACUGUCCUAGGAACAGCCAUCCAAGGACAGAUUGUGGGGAGAGUAGAUAUUCCUUGUAUUUCUGACCCACCUUUCUUGAACAUGAACAACUCUUCGGUGGUCCUAGAAGAAGUCAACAUCACCCGUGACACGGGUUCGCUUUCUGAUACGAGAAAUGCCUAUAUGAUUGCAGCCGGGGUCAUCGGUGGGAUUUAUAUUCUUUGUGCUACCAUUCUGUCUCUAGGCGUGCGGGAAAGACAAGAGUCUUCCGAACUUCAGUUGGCUGAGCCGGUUUCCUUCUUCCAGGGUCUGAAGCUGGUUAUGAAACAUGGACCCUACAUCAAGCUGAUUGCGGCUUUCCUGUUCACCUCCCUUGCUUUCAUGCUGUUGGAAGGGAACUUUGCCUUGUUCUGCACUUACACCUUGGGGUUCCGCAACGAGUUCCAGAACAUUCUGCUCGCCAUCAUGCUCUCAGCCACACUGACCAUCCCUUUCUGGCAGUGGUUCCUUAUACGUUUUGGGAAGAAAACUGCUGUUUACAUUGGCAUCUCGUCUGCCACUCCUUUCCUCAUCUCAGUUGUGAUUUUGGAAAGCAACCUUGUGAUGACUUACGUGGUGGCCGUUGCAGCUGGAAUGAGUGUCGCCGCUGCUUUCCUCCUGCCGUGGUCUAUGCUGCCAGAUGUUGUGGAUGACUUCAACCUCCAGCACCCGGACUGCAGAGGCCACGAGGCUAUUUUCUUCUCUUUCUACGUCUUCUUCACCAAGUUUGCUUCCGGAGUGUCUUUGGGGAUCUCCACGCUCAGUUUAGACUUUGCGGGAUACAAGACUCGAGGCUGCUCCCAACCGGAGGAGGUGAAGCUGACUUUGAAAAUACUCGUCUCCGCGGCCCCAGUGGCAUUGAUCAUCUUUGGCCUGCUCCUUUUUAAGCUCUACCCCAUCGACGAGGAUAGGCGGAAAAAGAACAAAAAAGCUCUGCAGGAUUUAAGAGAUGAAGAGAGCAACAGUAGCACCGAGACAGAUUCUACAGAAUUAGCCAGUAUUGUUUGACCUUGCCUUGUCUUGGUUUACACCCUGGGAUCCUCCAAACACAGGGCCACCAUGACAUCUACUGUGAAAGACUUGCUUCCAUGGGAGAGCACUUGUGAAGCCUUAAAGACUGCUCUGGAAAUCAAAUAUUGAUCGACGUUGUGCCUUAAGUGGGAUCCAUGGAUCACCAAUUGUCAAACAUACUUUAGAUUUUGGUACUCCAAUAAGAUACCUCUUACAAGAACAAGCAUCAUCUCAUCUGUGUCUUUUACCAGAAUUGGUUUGAAAAACUCUGUUGUGUUAUCAUAUCUUUUAAACAUGUGUUAUUUAUCACUAAUCCACCCACUGAAUGGUGCAAAUCUCUAAAGUACUGUUAAGUGCAUUUUGGUAUGUUUUUUCCCUAUUCAAUAUUGCAUUAUAUAUUAUAUUAUCAUGGACCCAGAUGGUGCUUUUGGUGUAUAUUACACCGGUGACUUGAUCUUGUCGAAAUAUCCUUGUACUGUUUUUUCUGUAAAUAAGAUGCAACUAAUGAAUCAUCCUGCGAUGUUCCUGUUUAUAUAUAAGUAUAAAUAUAUAUAUAUAUAUAUAUUUGUAUAUAUCAAGCACCUAAUUAAAGUAACUUAAUGCUGUACAUAUAAAAAUGACAUGUUUUCCUAUUUGUAUAUUGUGUACAGAAAGAAAACUGGAUUUGUUAAUAAUGUACAUUAAAAUGGAAAAAUAGCAUGGCUGUUUUUCUUUAACAUUUCUUUGAAAUAUGAGUGAAGAUAAUGCAUUAAUAAUAGGAAACUAUGCACAUUAUCCUGGUUAAGAUAAACUGAGAGGGAGGCAAAAGAGCUUAGGAAAAAUAAUAAAAAAGAUACAUGUGGUAUGACUAUAAAGUUAAUUGGAUCCUCAAACUGAUUAAAUCUGAUUAAAUCUGCAACACAGGGAAAUACUUUGCUCCAUCUUUUUAUUUGCGUAUUACAUUUGUCAUUAAGCGUCGUGAUUUCAGUUCUUU